UUCUUGUCAUGAAUUGAUAUUACUUGAUCUCCGUAACUAUUUUUUUACAUCUAAUGUCUCCGGUGUUAUCUACAAUUUGUUAUUGGUUUCAGUGUGUGUCGCUAUUGUGUCUAGAUCAGUAUUUUAUUUGAAUAAAAAUGGAUAGCGCGGAAAAUGAGAUAUUUUCUGGAACAAAAACUCAACUUUUGGCUGCACUAUUUGGUACUCUCUUUGCAAUUUCCGAUGGAAUGUGUUAUGGAUGGACUGCUCCUAUUAUUCCAUAUCUCAUAAGUCCUGACAGUCAUAUUAAAACUACAAAAUUUGAAGCAGAAUGGUUAGAAACCUGUUUGAUGGUCGGCUCUUUUCUAGGAUUGCCAAUUACAAUUUAUCUAGUUGAUAAAAUAGGAAGAAAAAAAUCUUUAUUACUAGCUGCAAUGUUGUCACUUAUUUCAUGGAUAUUAAUAGCUUUUGCCCGAAAUAUGGCGCUUUUAUUCGUAGCUCGAUUUAUUUUUGGUGUGACGGCGAAUACAUCUUUUGUAGCAGCUCCAAUAUAUGUAGCAGAAAUAGCUGAUCACAAGAUACGUGGAUUUUUGUCAAGUAUUAUUUAUUUAAAUAUGCUUUUCGGACUUAUAUUAGUUUAUAGCGUUGGUCCGUAUCUACCCUUUUUUGUUGCACCCUUAAUUGGUGUCACCGUUUUAUUUAUCGAACUAUUGGUUUUUCCUUUUAUGCCGGAGACACCAUAUUAUUUGUUAUAUACAAAUAAAAAAGAUGAAGGUAAAAAAUCUUUGGAAUUCUUUAGGCCCGGUAAGAACAUAGAACAGGAGCUGGCAGACAUAACUAAAGCUGUUGCACGCCAAAAAACAGAAAAAGGAAGAUUACUUGAUCUAUUUUUAGUAAAAGCAAAUAGAAAAGCAAUAACGAUUAUGGCAAUUUUGGAUGCGGGACAACAUUUGUGUGCUAUAAGUGUUAUUUUAAUGAACUUACAUGUGAUUUUAGAAGCCGCUGGGUCUAUUUAUAUAAAAUCAUCUACAGCAGCUAUAAUUUUUGCUUUUUUUAUGUUUUUGGCUGCUUACGUAUCCUCGCUACAAGUUGACAAAUACGGAAGAAGAUGUCUUUUAAUUGUAUCUUUAUUAACAACAGCUCUUUGUUUAGGUGCACUAGCGAUCUACUUUCAUUUAAAGAUGUUGGGAUAUGAUGUCACAGCUGCCAGUUGGCUUCCUAUUGUAGCUGUUAUGUUAUAUGCUGCAUGUUUUAAAGUGGGAAUGGGAAUUGUGCCAAUUGUAUUGACCGCUGAGAUAUUCUCUACAAGAAUGAAAGCUAUGGGAAUGGCCAUUUCUGAUUUAAUGUAUGUAACAGGAUCUAUUGUCAGUCUUCAGCUUUACCAGUGGUUAACUCACUCAUAUGGGUUACACGUACCAUUUUACUUAUUUACUUUUUGUAGUAUUGUUAUAUGUAUAUUUACUUAUGUAUAUAUUCCUGAGACAAAAGGCAAGACUUUAGAAGAAAUUCAGUAUUUGUUAAAAGAUGAACCAAUGCCUCCUGAAAAAAGUGACUCGUUAGUGAAUUUAAUUUCUAAUGGUUCCAAAUCAUACAGCACAUUUUAAAAUAGUGAUGUAAUUUUCGGUAAAUGAACCAUGACAGUUUAUAGAUGAUUGUGAUAUAUUGAUAAAUAAUCUAUAUCUACGUAAUAUAUGUUGCUUGUGUUUGUCAUUGUGUUAUAUUAUUUUGCAUUUAGUUAACAAUUUUUG